AUGCCAAGAUCAUUUCUCUCUCUGCGACUCUGUACUUGUAUACUCCUGUUUCUUACUAGCGCGCCCCUCUACGAUUACGACCAAUACCGGAUACCGGUAUUUGGUAUUUGUUACCGGUGCCUUGCAACCUUCUCUCCGUCAUCUAUCGCGUGCUCUCUUGGUCGCAUUCUUUCUCACCGCACCUCAUUCAACCCGACCCUCACCACACCCCAGUUUGACAGCGCCAGCAUAGAUGGGAAGAUGAGCUACUCCAAAGUCAAUCAAGAAGAGGAAUCAGAGCUGGCUCUGCUCUCCAACGAGGAUUCAAGCUCUGUCGCGGGAUCGGACGAUCUCGAAGCUAAUCGCAAAGAUGAACAACCAACACCCACGACGGAACCCGAAUACCAGACGCCCACCUCGGUGAAAUUCAUGUGGCUCGGCUCUUACUUCUUCUUCAGCAUGAUGCUGACGCUAUAUAACAAGCUGAUCUUGGGAUCGUUCAAAUUCCCAUGGCUCUUAACAUGUAUGCAUACAACAUUUGCCUCGAUCGGCACCUUUGUUCUUCUUAAGCUUGGCCGGUUCAAGCUUUCAAGACUGGGUCGAAAGGAACAUCUCAUUUUGGUCGCAUUCUCGGUGCUUUUUACAGCUAAUAUUGCCAUGUCAAACCUAUCGCUGUCCCUCGUCAGUUUAGCAUUCUUCCAGAUUAUCCGCAACACCGUUCCGAUCUUCACCGUUUUGAUAUACCGUGCUUGGUUCGCACGAUCAUACUCCAUGGCAACGUACCUGUCAUUGAUCCCUAUAAUCGUCGGAGCUGGAAUGACUGUUGUUGGGGAAUAUCAUUAUUCUGCACUUGGAUUAUUCAUCACUGUCUUUGGAGUUGUUCUCGCGGCAGUGAAGACUGUAACAACGAAUCGCCUGAUGACCGGAUCGCUGGCACUUCCAUCUAUGGAGCUCUUGUUCCGCAUGUCUCCGCUGGCUGCAGUCCAAUCCUUCGUGUUCGCCGUUCUUGCCGGAGAGCUUCCAGAAUUUGCGAAUACGAUGUCGCAACGAGCUGCCGAGUCUUCGAAGCUCGCCACUAUGGCUACAGUUGCAUUCCUCCUCGGAAACGGACUACUCGCAUUCUUCUUGAACGUCUCUUCCUUCCAGACCAAUAAGCUUGCCGGCGCAUUGACCAUCUCGGUUUGUGGUAAUCUCAAGCAGGCGAUCACACUAGCGAUUGGGAUCUUCAUUUUCAAGGAUUUCACAGUUGAUCUCUUGAACGGAACUGGUAUUGCCCUUGUUCUGGCUGGAUGCGCCUUCUUCAGCAAGGCAGAGCUGGAUUCCAAAAAGAAGACUGCCACAUGA